AUGGCUCUGCCCACGAUAAAUAAAAGAAAGGUCAGCUUGACACAGAGCCAGCGGCAGAUGCGGCCCGUGAUUCCCCUGGAACCGGAGAAUCCCAAGGGACUUCGGGAGAAGCUGAUGUACCGCAAGAGUGUGGACAUCAUGAACAAGUUACCCAUCUUGAGGAAAUUGGAUAUAGACAAGUUUCGCAACUCAUACAAGCACAACCUGUGCCUGGACAUGCUGACCACUGGUUUUCAUAUGUCCUUCUGUGAGCUGGUCACUCUCAUUCGUCAGCAGAUGGAGAGACGAGAGGCAGCUGGGCCAGAGUCCUUUCUUUGGACCAAACCGUUGCUGCAGGAUCAGAGGCCCAAGCUGGACUUGCUCAAGUACUACACGACCAAAGCUGAGAGCGCCAACAGAGAGGAUAACAUCGAGGAAGAGUACACUGCAAGAUACGAACUGGCUCAAUCCUACACCCAUGAUCCUGACGACCAGUGGCUGGCCGACCACUUCUUCAGCACGUGCCUAGAGGUGGCCAGAAGGCAGGAUACGGCCGAGUCCAGGAUGCUGGCAGAGGGCCUAUGUAACGUGGGCGUGUGUCUACAGAAAAACCAUCACUAUCGAGAAGCCGCCAAGCACUUUGAAUCUUAUCACAAACUCUCUCUGAACCAUGAAGACGACUGGAAGCUGCAGAAUGGGGUCAGUUUUUACACGGACUCCUGCGUCAAAUUGUUCGCCAUUUACACCAUCAUUGGGCUGGAGCUGGGUCGCAGUGUCGACGACAACGACAACGAGGCCUCGUUGCAGAUGUUGAUACAGGCUUUGGAGAUGUCAAAGAAAAGCCAAGAUAAGAAACUGGAAGGUGAGGCUUCUUACAAUCUGGGGUUGGCUUACCAGAAAGUAAACGAGCUGGACAAUGCGCUGACUCACCUGUACACGUUCUACAAGGCUUGCCAGGGGGACAGCGACAACGAGGGCACCGGUCAAGCCUGUGACGCCAUUGCUAAGAUUUAUGCCAGGCAAGGCAACAAGGAGAUGAGUGUCGAAUUUCUCAAGCGGUUCGUCGAGUUGACGGAGAAGACUGGCCUGGAGCGGGAGUACUGUCUGGCCUGCUACAACCUGGGCAACGUCUGCAACUCGGUGGGCAAUUACGACGAAGCCACAGAAUACUUCAGCAAAGCUUACAACAUCUCCCGGGUCCUAGAGGACCCACUCUCCACAAACAUCAACAGGGUCCAGUACGGGAUCGCCGUGGCGCACAGAAUGAUGGGCAAAUUCGCCAACCACGUCCUGAUCGGUGACCGGCUCUGUGUGACGCGAUUACUUCAUUGGAAGAGCUGCAAGAGAGCGGAGUUUGAUCAGCUGAUACCUGACACAGAUCCAAGAGCUGCCCUAAAUAUCCUACUUCCUCCGCUGCUAACUGAGAAAGACAAAGAAACAGACGAGAGAAAAGAAGAACGGGCAGAGGGAGACGAGAGUGCUUCAGAUGACGAGCAACAUCACGCAAGUGCUCACUUCGUUACAUGA